CGUCACUAGUCUCAACUGCAAUGUAACAGGUUUCUGCUUCAUGACUUCACGUGGAUUAAUCACUCGCAUCUGAUAUUUUCAAUGUUUUCCAGAGUUCGAGCUCCUUCCACAGUAUGAAAAGGCGGCAUGAGGGUCAAACAAAAUUGUACCAGUUCAAGAACUGCCGUUUACUGAGAGACAGUAAAUUAAUUGAAGAAGACCUUUGGGUGAGAGACGGCAAGAUUAUUGAUCCACGAGAUGUAUUUUGGGGAGGGAAAGUUCUCGCCGAUGUUCAAAUUGAUUGUAACAGUUUAAUCAUAAGCCCAGGAUUUAUUGAUCUCCAAAUAAAUGGUGGAUUUGGAGUUGAUUUCUCUUCUGAUCCCGAUAAGUUGGAGGAAGGUUUGAAGACUGUUUCCAAGGGUUUGUUACAGCAUGGUGUGACAUCUUACUGUCCUACAAUUGUCACAUCAUCGCAAGCAAGUUACAAUGAGAUUUUGAAGAAGAUAAAACGAACCCCAGGUGGAGUUCAUGGUGCAGAAGUAUUAGGUGCCCAUUUGGAAGGUCCAUUCAUAAAUCCUGAAAUGAAAGGAGCUCACAAAGAACAUCUGAUGAGGCAGAUCAGCACCAAAGGAGCCCAAGAAAUCGAGGACUUUUAUAGCUCAUUAGAUCAUGUGAGCAUCAUAACAAUAGCUCCCGAACUGGCUGGGGAAAGUAUGGAGUCCAUACAACAGUUAGUAAAGAGGAACAUUGUGGUAUCAAUAGGUCACUCUGCAGCAAACUUGUCCAUUGCAGAGAAAGCAGCAGACAAUGGUGCUACAUUUAUCACUCAUCUAUUCAAUGCCAUGUUGCCAUUCCAUCACAGAGAUCCUGGAAUUGUAGGACUUCUCACAAGUUACGAUAUCCCUAAACCCAUAUUCUAUGGACUUAUAGCUGAUGGAAUUCACACACAUCCAACAGCCACAAGAAUAGCACACAGAUCACAUCCUAAUGGACUUGUUUUAGUCACUGAUGCUAUUGCUGCCCUUGGACUUCCUCCAGGAUUACACAAGCUCGGCCCAAUGCAAGUCGAGAUAAAUCAUGAAAAAGCCACCUUAAAAGGAACUAACACACUUGCAGGAAGCAUUGCAUCAAUGGAUGUCUGCAUUCAGAGAUUCAGAAAAAUGUCAGGCUGCAGCGCAGUGGAAGCACUUGAGGGUGCUACUCUACACCCUGCCCAGGUGCUGGGGAUUGAACAAAGGAAAGGCACCUUGAACUACAAAUCUGAUGCAGACUUAGUCUUCCUGGAUGAAGACCUCAAUGUGCAUGCUACAUUUAUUGCUGGUCAGCCAGUAUGGCUGCAGAAGGAAGGUUUAGUGACUGGUGUCAUGAAACUGAACUACAACAUGAUGGGGAGUAAAUCAAAAAGAGUGUCACUCCUAGACUAGCUGGAUAAUCAUUCAGUACACAAUGGCAACAACCAACCACUAACUUAGAAUUUCUGGACUGAGCAUUCACAUCUAAGAUAAGUCCUUCAAAUUUGAACUCAACCCUUUGACAAAAUAAGCAAAUAAGCACUAUGAAUUUGCCACCAAAAUGUUAUUAAAAAUUGUUAAAAAUUGGUGUGAAACUGUUACCCAAAUCCUAACAAAUUGUUUUCCAAUUUUGAUUUUAUUAUUAGAAGAUCUAAAACUAUACUUAAAUGAAUUUGACAAAGUAUAUUUUUAAAAGAAAAGAUUAUUCUGAAAGCAGUUGCUCAGCAAAUAAUUUUGUAAAUAUUGUGGUCAAAAACAUGCAAUAUCCAGCCUCACUGCCAUCUUUCUAAGAUGCAGAGCUGGAUCAAUAGGCAUGAAAUCUGAUAUUUUUUAGUCCAUUCAGAGUGUGGUUAUAACAGCAUCUGAACUAUGGUGCUAACCCAACUGCCUUCCCAAACAGUAAUGUCUAAUAACUUAUUGAUUUCCAAAAUUGCACCCCAAAAGAACAAAUGCCUUUCUGAAUUGCAUUCCUAAAAUGACUCUAAAUCUUACAAUGAUUCUGAAUCAUAUUCUCAAAUGCUGCAAAUGUAAUUAAUACACACAAAAAAGUUACACAACUAGCCACUGAACCGAAGAAUUACUUGUAAUUUUUCCCAACUUUCUGUAAAUUUAUAUUACAAAGGAAUAAUCAUUCUCAUUUAUUCCUAAUUUUUGUCUGUACCAUCUUAAUAAACAAAAAACUGUUCUCAUUUUAAUAAUUAAGCAACAAUAUUUCAUGCAUAAUUUGAAGAACAAGAAAUGUAUAUACAAAUAUUAAAAGCAUCUUUAUAGUGACAAGGAAAGUUUAGGGAUGAUCCCUUCAAACAGCUGUUUCUAAAGGGCUUGUGAAGUUAUGGAGGUUUCCCAGAAAGAAAAUUUUCAAAAUUGUAUGAGAACCAAAUCAGAGGGAAGCUUGUUCAUUGAAGUUUCUUCCUUAUCUGCAUUUAUUUACAGUUACAAAACAGGAAUAGUUAUUCUCUAACACUUUGAAUUAAAGACAAUCCAGAUAACCCAACUCUCUUGUAACAGUAAUAAUUAAUACUUUAAUUUAAUGGGAAAUGUGAAAGGGAGUGGUGAUAAUUUUCAAGUAGUUUGGUGAUCUUGAAGCACAGUAUGAAAUAAAUAUUCAAAUAUAGUUUUUGAUCAAAGAGACAAAAAUUCAAUGAUCUGGAGCCUAAUUCUUCUUUAAACCCUAAGAGUGACCAGCAUCUAAUUUCUCCUCACAGUAAUACUGCUGAAUCAUUCAU